AUGAUCGUACAUCAACAGAAUGUUGCUGAUCUCAGUAACAAUGGACUUCUUGGAGAAACGAUGAAAGGGAGUAAGUCAAAAAGUGCAUCAGUAAAACCCACCAAGUCUUUCGUUAAUCAGAGGGAGUACAGCCUGCAUACAAUUAAGAAUUCGAAAACGUCCCACGGGAAGACUUGGAACACUCACGUAGAUCAUUGGCAGCGAGCGAAUCUAGUUUCGGCACCUUAUAAACUGAUGGUAUAUUCCGCUUACUUGGACAAGAGGAACCCACAAGCGCCAUCUGUAGUAGUCAUCGGGGCUGCGCUAACCAGAGGUGGUCCGAAAGUAUACUGUAAACUCCAGUUUUCUCAUAAAAAACCCAUUCUAGUAGUAGCUUACAAAAGGAUCAUAAACGAACAUUGGAACCUCAAAUACUCUGCUUGCUUCUUCUACUGCGCAUUAAAUAAAGAUGACUCAAAACCACUCAAUGUAUCCGUCGCUGACAACAGCCAAUUUAAAGCUGCUGCCAUUCUAACAGUUUAUGACAACAAAGAAGACAAUAAUACAUUACCUCACGGAAGAAUAGCGUUGUGCGUGAAGCCUUUGCAUUAUUCUUAUGAUAGAGCUACGUGGUUUAUUGAGUUCUUAGAACUUCAUAGACUUUUGGGAGUAGAACAUUUUUUCCUAUACAACCAUUCAAUGGGCCAUGCAGUAGAGCAGGCUGUGAUGGUCUACCUACAACAAGGAGUUGUAUCGCUUCUGCCAUGGAAGUUGGAAAUCCAAUCUCAAAAAGAAAUACGAACAGAAGGACUUUUCGCUGCGCUAAACGACUGCCUCUACAGAUCAAUGUUCCUUUUUAAGUACGUUCUUAUGUUGGACUUUGACGAGUUUAUCAUUCCAACUGGAAACGUCACAUACGAUAAACUCCUUACAGAUCUUACAAAGAUCAGGCGAGGGACAUACCAACCUAGUAGUUUUGUGUUUCAAAACGCAUUUUUCUAUUUAUACUGGGAUAAUGACACUACAGCUUACAAUGAAGAACCGGAGACCCCCCCGGGAAAUAUACCUUACCUGUUAACACAAUACAAGACUAGACGAGUGAAGAAUCCGAUGAAACAUGGAAGCAGAUCAAAAUUUGUUGUUGUUCCAGAAAGAGCACUGGAAGUGGGAAACCACGUGGUCUGGAGAGUAGUUCCAC